GUAUAAAUAAAUAUUGGAUGAAUAUUCAACCACUGGAUCACCUCCGGUUCAUAUCAAGCGAAUUUAAACUGAAUGCAAAAUCUUCAUUAAUUUGGUUUGGGUGAUCCCAGAUUAUUCUCGAUUUCAAAAACCUAGAUCCAUUCCCUCUUCUCUGUUUCUAAUCUUUCCCGGAAAACAAUUCAUCGUUUGUUAGCAAGCAAAAUCGCCUUAUAUAUAGGGGAUUUAUACUCGUUUCCAUUGGAGAUUGAGAUAUAGAUUCAAUCCUGCAGCCAAUCCUGCUGCCAAUCCUGCUGCCAACUCAGUUUCUUUUGUAUUGGCGUUGUGAAAUCUGAACUGCAUUUGGUUCUUAUAGAGAGUUCCAAUUGGCAAACGAAAAUUUGGAGAAGCCGAAGAGUUUCGGCUUGAUUUUGUGAGGUGGGUUUUGAAAUCUUAGAGGUUUGAAGCAAAUUUGAGACGUUUCCUUGGUGGUUUUUGUGUGGGUGAGUGAUUAGCAGGGGGUUAUGAGAAGAGCACAUGUUAAUUUGGAGGAACAAUGACUGGAGGGUCAUUGGGACUUCGCUCAGCGAGUUACGGGGCAUUGGAUAAACAGUUGAUUAACGUAGUUUCGCCGAUCCAAACAACACGAAAGCCUUCCAAAAUGAUGAAGGAGAAGGAGAAGGAUUAUUUGUUUCCUUGGAUCUGCAAGUUCGUCGGUAGAAAGAAGGUUGGGAUGCUGCUUCUCUGUAUUGUUUCUGCUGCAGUUUUCCUCUGGGUACUCUACGUUGGCAAAGGUGAGGAUUCUCAAGGACAACAUAUCCAGCACGUCAGUAUUAACAAUAGCAUAGUUAUGAGUUUCAGGGAACAUUCAGCUGAAGAACUUAUGGAUAAUAAUAGUUAUUCUUUGGCAAAGGGGAGAGAGACAUCUUCAUUGGCAUCACCUCCUCCUCCUCCUCCGCCACCGCCACCGCCACCGCCUUCCCUUCCUCCACCAGCACUUUUCCUGGGUUAUACUCUUCCACCAGGACACCCAUGUAAUUAUUUUACUCUGCCUCCCCCACCUGCAGAUAAAAAGAGAACUGGCCCAAGGCCAUGUCCUGUAUGUUACCUUCCCGUGGAAGAAGCUGUUGCCUUGAUGCCAAACGCCUCAUCGUAUUCACCUGUUAAAAAUUUGGAAUAUAUUUAUGAGGAGAAUUUAAGAAGAGAAACAGAGUUUGGAGGUUCGGACUUUGGUGGAUAUCCUACUUUGGCCCAGAGGACAGAUUCUUUUGAUGUAAGGGAGUCAAUGAGGCUGCACUGUGGGUUCGUCGGAGGAGUCAAACCUGGUCGAAACACAGGUUUUGAUAUCAAUGAUGAUGACCUUCAUGAUAUGGAGCAGUGUCGUGGUGUGGUUGUUGCAUCUGCAAUAUUUGGAAAUUUUGAUGUCGUAAAUCAGCCAAAGAACAUUAGUGAAUAUGCCCGGGGCACCGUUUGUUUCUUCAUGUUUAUUGAUGAAGAGACAGAAACAGCAUUAAAGGAAACUGGUAUCCUAGAAAGCAGCAAGAAAAUUGGAUUGUGGAGAAUCGUUGUGGUUCAUAAUUUACCUUACAAAGAUGCAAGACGUACUGGAAAAAUUCCAAAACUUCUGAUGCACAGAAUGUUUCCUAACGCUCGAUAUUCUCUUUGGAUCGACGGUAAACUUGAGCUUGUUGUGGACCCAUAUCAAAUUCUUGAAAGGUUCUUGUGGAGAAAAAACUCUACAUUUGCAAUUUCUAGACAUUACAGACGCUUUGACGUGUUUCGGGAAGCUGAUGCAAAUAAAGCUGCUGGAAAGUAUGAUAAUGCUUCCAUUGACUUUCAGGUUGACUUUUAUGUAAAGGAAGGUUUGACUCCUUAUUCCGAAGCCAAGCUUCCGAUUACGAGUGAUGUUCCAGAGGGUUGUGUGAUAGUUAGAGAACAUGUACCUAUUAGCAAUUUGUUCAGCUGCCUAUGGUUCAACGAAGUCGACCGUUUUACGUCGAGAGAUCAAAUUAGUUUUUCUACUGUGAGGGACAAAAUAAUGGCGAAAACAAAUUGGACUGUCAAUAUGUUCUUGGACUGUGAAAGACGGAAUUUCGUGGUUCAGAAAUAUCAUAGAGACUUGCUUCAACAAAGGGCUUCUCCGGUGUCCACGGCGGUCCAUCCACCACCACUUCCACCUUCUCUACCAUCGGAACGAGCAUCGAGCUUACAGAGGAAGGCUUCCUCAAGGCAAAGUCGAGAGAGGAGGUCGAGGCGUCAUCGGAAAGUGAGUGCAGGUAGUACAAAGGGGAAUGAUUUGGGUUGAAGUUUUGUUGAGAAGAGAUACUCUUUUUAUGGUUCUUCUUUUUCUAAAACCCCUUUUAAAAUAUAUAGAUACAACACUGGGGCUAGGCAGGCAGUGCUCUAAUUCUAUUUCUACGUAGUGUUUUCAUUCUCUCAUUCUUUUUUUGUUUUGGACUUCUCAUUCAUUUUUCAUUGUAUAUAGGGCAGACACCAUACACUAUAUGUAAUCAUAAUAUAGUUUUUAUGUGUUGCUGCCAAAUUCCCUA